UCUGACGGUCCGGACUCUCGCCUUGCCGGUGUGAACCUCUGAGUUUCUGGGAGGGCCCUAACACGGAAGUGGCCCCCGCUGUGGGGGUCACCCCCACCUCCCCCUUGCCUCUCCCCCCGCCCCGCUUCUGUGUCCUUCGCGGCUGCCCGAGCCCUCACCGGGCAGGGUGUCAGUGUAUCUUUGGUCAAAGAAAAACUUUAGUCUAUAUGUGCUGCCUUAUCCACUGGAAGAAUGACAGAUGACAAAGAUGUGCUUCGAGAUGUGUGGUUUGGACGAAUACCAACCUGUUUUACACUCUAUCAGGAUGAGAUAACCGAAAGAGAAGCAGAACCUUAUUAUUUGCUUUUACCAAGAGUAAGUUACUUGACGUUGGUUACUGACAAAGUGAAAAAGCACUUUCAGAAGGUUAUGAGACAAGAAGACAUUAGUGAGAUAUGGUUUGAAUAUGAAGGCACACCACUGAAAUGGCAUUAUCCAAUUGGUUUACUGUUUGAUCUUCUUGCAUCAAAUACAGCUCUUCCUUGGAACAUCACAGUACAUUUUAAGAGUUUUCCAGAGAAAGAUCUUCUGCAUUGUCCAUCCAAGGAUACAAUUGAAGCCCAUUUUAUGUCUUGCAUGAAAGAAGCUGAUGCUUUAAAGCAUAAAAGUCAAGUCAUCAAUGAAAUGCAGAAAAAGGAUCAUAAACAACUCUGGAUGGGAUUACAAAAUGAUAAAUUUGACCAGUUUUGGGCCAUUAAUCGGAAACUCAUGGAAUAUCCUGCAGAAGAUAAUGGAUUUCGAUACAUACCUUUUAGAAUAUAUCAGGCAACAACUGAGCGACCUUUCAUUCAGAAGUUAUUUCGACCAGUUGCUGCAGAUGGACAAUUGCACACGCUAGGAGAUCUCUUAAAAGAAGUUUGUCCUUCUGCAAUUACUACUGAAGAUGGGGUAAAGAAGAAUCAAAUUAUGAUUCAUGGAAUUGAACCAAUGUUGGAGACACCUUUGCAGUGGCUAAGUGAACAUCUCAGCUACCCUGAUAAUUUUCUUCAUAUUAGUAUCAUACCCCAACCAACAGAUUGAAGGAGAGCCUGUAUUCACCUAAAAAAGAAUGAGCAUCACCCUUAAACUGGAUCAACCAGAGCAUGUCAACCUUUUCCUUAAGUCGGGUUUGGUGGAGGCAACCUGACCAGAAAAACCUCCUUGCUGCAAUGCAAGCCAGACAGGAAAAAAAGAUCCCAUGGCCAGAUAAGGGCAGUUGGGCUGGCCUUACUCUGCAUCACCACUGCUUUCCUCCACUGCCGUCAUUAAACCUCAGUUGCAACAUGAAAGACUUUACAGGACCACUGCAAGUCUUCUGUUUUCUUGUAAAAUAUAAUGAAGCUGAAACUCAGCCUGAGAAGCAGAUGGAAAUAUGUGCCACUUGAAUUGUAUUUCUGAUUAACAAAUAAACAAGGGUAUUUCCUAAUGUGACCAUCUUUGAACUUUAGAUAGAGGGAGUGGAAACAUUGGUUUAAUUUUCAAGAGAAUUAGACUUAAGAAAGUAAAAAAGAAAUUCUGUUAUCAAUAACUUGCAGUAAUUUUUUGUAAAAGAUCAGAUUACAGUAAACCCAUCUUUCCUUAAUAAGAAUUUCCUAUGUUUACAGUAUGUAUUGGUAUGCAAACGAUCUUUUAACUUUGAUAAUCAGCAGUGAGAUUUUUAAAUAAAACCUCUAAACAUGUUUUGUCAUUUAAUAACACGUACAAUUUUGUCGCUUUCAAAUAUUUUCUGACUUGUAUAUAGCAGAUCACUGUUUAUACUGUAUGUGUUACCAUUCAAUGGCAUGGUGAUAGGCUGGGACAACUUGUCUGUUAGAGAAUUUCUUGCUGCCAGUUUUUAAAUCUUUAUGUGAAAAUAUUUUCUUUAGUUGAUAACACCAUACAACAAUGUUAAAGUUUAUCAUUACUAUUUUAUUUAACCCCUUAGGCUGAGUCCAUCACAUUUUGGUAUGAUCAGCAGAUGCAUUGGAUACUUUGGCCUACUGGAAAGCUCAUUCUUUUCCAGGCUAGUAUUUACCCUGUCUCUGACUAUAAUGUUUUUAAUGUUGUCCCCUGGCAGUCAGCUUGUAAAGUUUAAACAUGACAUAUCCUUCCUUGCAGUAGCUUUCCCUUUACUUUACCAGUUAUAUUCAGAGGUUACUGUCACUCUCCUUCAACAUUUUUGUGCAUUACAGUUUCUUGUGGACUUACCUUGCUGGGUUCACUAUGUCAACUCAUCUGAGUUUGCUAGAACUUAGCAUUGCAGCAGGAAUGGUAUUAAAUUCCAUGACAAAGCAGAAAUAUUUCCCAUUUUCCAAAUGUAUCAAUGUUGAUUGAAAGUUCCACUAGCACUCAUUGCUCCUUUUUCUUUUUCCUCUUUCAUGUCUUCACAGUAGCAGCUGUCUAAUCAAUAGCAAAAUCAGUCAAAGAAAAGGGAAAAAAUUGUACUCUGUUGAACAGAUAUAGUGAAGAUCCAAAAGCAGAAACAGUGGUGCCAUAAUAACCAGAGCAAAACGGCAAAUAGAUAAUGAUUAGCUGAUGUAAAUUAAGGAGGAAAUGAUGUUAGAGUAAGGGUGAAGAAGAAUAACAUUACCCAAGUUACUUACAAAUGAAAGGAUGAAAAGUCUAAAAAACAUCAUUGAUUUGUCUUUAUCACAAAAGAAGAGGUUAGUCCAAAGAUGAUCACUCACAUUAGAUGUGUUUAUCCUUCUCAGUUUGGGGGUUUACCCCAUAAUGACAGACUGAGCUUCAUGAGCAAAAGGGUCAGAAUGCAUGGACUAUUUCUAAACCACAGCAAGGAGAGAAAAUACUUUGCAGAAAGUGGUGGUGUCAUUCUCCACUGAUGAGACUAAUUUAAGAUCUCAGACAGUGGGCUCAUGUGAGCUUAAAAAAAAAAAGCCUUACUCUAAGAUUUGAAAGUAAGUUUUACCAAGCCUUUUCCCUUUAAAAAAAAAAUUUUUUUUGGUUUAUUAUACCAGCAAUCUAAAUGUGUUGUUCUCUUCUCUAGUCCUAUAAUCCUUUAUAAGCCAAGUCUCUGUUGCCCAGUGGUGGAACAAAGACAGAAAUUAGUGCUUGACUUAAAUAUCUAUUUUUGUUUCUUUUUAUUUGACUAUUUAAAUUUUAUGGUUUAUUAAAAAAUCAAAUAAA